AUGGCUUGUUUCCUGGUAUCCGCCUUUCUUCUGGUUCUCCAGACAAACGCUGCCCCACCUGAGCUCGUCCAGGCAGGAUUUGGCAUAACUCUGGACCCCAUGGACUUUGAUGCUGGACUACCAGUCAAUGUCUCUGGAGAUGUACCAUCAUCUCCGCCCCCGGGGACGAGUAAAAGAGCCCCACACAGUAUCAUUAUUGGGGUGCGCAAGGGUGGCACAAGAGCGCUGUUGGAGAUGCUGGACAUUCACCCGGAGGUUGCUGCUGCUGCCACCGAGGUGCACUUCUUUGACUGGGAUGAGAACUACGCCAAGGGUUUCGAGUGGUACCGUGACCUGAUGCCAUACUCGUACCCGCACCAGAUAACAGUUGAAAAAACACCAGGCUACUUUACAUCACCCCUCGCACCAGAGCGCAUCUGCGCCAUGAACUCGUCCAUAAAGCUGCUGCUGAUCUUGCGAGACCCGGCCGAGCGUGUCAUCUCCGACUACACCCAGGUGUACUUCAAUCGUCUGGAGAACCACAAGCCGGUGCAAGCCAUCGAGAACCUGUUGGUGCGCAAUGGGGCCCUAAAUAUCCGGUACAAGGCUAUUCAGAGGAGCCUGUACGACGUCCACAUGCGCAACUGGCUGCGCUACUUCCCCCUGGAACAGGUACACAUCGUAGAUGGGGACGCUCUGAUCCGAGACCCCUUGCCAGAGCUUCAGAAGGUGGAGCGCUUCCUCAACUUGCCCCCAAGGAUAGUAUCCUCCAACUUCUACUUCAACCAGACCAAGGGCUUUUACUGUAUCCGAAGUGACGGGCGAGAGCGCUGUCUGCAUGAGUCUAAGGGGCGUCCGCACCCGGCUGUCAACAGCACCGUCCUCCAGCAGCUCCGCUCCUUCCUACAGGAACACAACCGAACCUUCUUCAGGCUGGUGAAGCGCACCUUCGACUGGCAAUAA